CAACACGUUGACGAUCAUGUUAUUCUAGAUGCGAGUGUCAUAACCUCAUCACAUAUCAUGAAGCUGGUGGGGGUGGGCGCCUGCUACAUGGACACCAUCUUGAGUGUGCCAUAUUACCCAGCCGAGGAUGAGAAACUCCGAGCCACAAACAUCCAUCGACGCCGUGGGGGUAAUGUACCAAAUACGCUGGAAGUCUUGCAACAGCUCGUCAGGAUCAGCGAUGAGCACGAACCUCAGCUAUACCUCUGCUCCGUCAUGCCAGCAUCCUCCGCGGUCGCAUCUCGCGAGAUAAAGGCCUCUUUCGGUCCUAACGUAGAUCUGUCCCGUUGUUUAUACCGUGAUGACCAUUCAGAGCCGGCUUCCAGCUAUAUCAUCAAGAGUUCUUCAGCUGACGGCCGGACAAUUGUGAAUUACAACGACUUGCCAGAAAUGACAAGUGAUGAAUUUGUGGCUAUAUCAGACUCUUUCGACAAUGAAACACCAACCUGGUAUCAUUUUGAAGGUCGUAUCCCAGACGUCACACUUGAGUGUAUUCGACAUUUACGCCGAAAGCAUCCCAACGUGAAAGUCAGUGUCGAGGUCGAAAAGCCAGGCCGUUCUGGUCUCGAGUCUCUAGCUGCUGAGGCUGACGUCGUCUUCUACUCCAAGAGUUGGUCUCGCGAACGGGGUUGUUCUGACGCCACCGCGUGUGUGCUGGAGCAGGCCAUGAUAGCUAGAAAGGCCUCUCAUUUGUUUUGCACAUGGGGAGAAGAAGGCGCCACUGUACUCGACGUCCGGAAUCAAAAGAUAUACAAUCGAUCAGCCGCCCCGAUAAUGCCUAUUACAGACACUAUCGGAGCCGGCGAUACAUUCGUUGCUGGAGUCUUGUACGGGAUGAUUUGGCGAGACAAUGAUUGGGAUGUGUUACAAAUUCUCGACUUUGCAAACAACCUUGCAGGACGUAAAAUUCGCCAGGAAGGCUUUCAAGGGUUGGCCGAGGAGAUGCGUCUCUGUGGUUAUAUGCCAGCUUAAAUUCAGAACGUGGGCAGAUGCUAAGGCAACAAGAGAUUUCGAUUACGAGUAUGAAC